UUUCUUCGGAAUAAUGAGCCUAAAGAGAGCUUUUUUAAGCUUCCAAAAGCCACUCUUUUUUACUCAUCGAAAGCUACUGCAGCCGCCUUCAGAUAAUAAAAUCCUUCGAUUAAACCCUACUUUUCACUGCAGGUCAUCGAUCAGAGCCUCGACGGCAGCGGCGGCGACGGCAAAAAUGGUGAAAGCCAUAAGAGUCCAUGAGCUCGGUGGUCCUGAGGUCUUGAAUUGGGAAGAUGUGGAGAUAGGGGAACCGAAGGAGGGAGAGAUACGAGUUAAGAAUAAGGCUAUUGGAGUAAACUUCAUUGACGUUUAUUAUCGCAAAGGAGUGUACAAGACUGAUUUGCCUUUCACUCCAGGAAGGGAAUCAGUGGGAGUAGUGACUGCUGUGGGCUCUGGUUUGACCGGUCGAAAAGUAGGGGAUGUGGUUGCUUAUGCUGGAAACCCUAUGGGUUCAUAUGCAGAAGAACAAAUCCUCCCAGCUAGUGCAGCGGUGCCUGUACCUUCUUCAGUUGAUCAUAAGGUAGCUGCAUCUAUUAUGCUGAAGGGAAUGACUGUUCACAGUCUACUCCGACGGUGCUUCAAGGUGGAACCAGGACACACCAUUCUAGUUCAAGCUGCUGCUGGUGGGGUUGGAUCACUUCUUUGUCAAUGGGCUAAUGCUCUAGGUGCGACGGUUAUUGGGACUGUAUCUAGUGAAGAAAAAGCUGCUCAAGCAAAGGAGGAUGGUUGCCACCAUGUAAUAAUCUAUACCAAGGAAGAUUUUGUAGCUGCUGUCAACAAUAUAACCUCCGGCAAAGGGGUAAAUGUUGUCUAUGAUUCAGUUGGAAAAGAUACAUACCAGGGUUCUCUGAAAUGCUUGGCAUCUCGUGGUUACCUGGUUAGUUUUGGCCAAUCAUCAGGCCUACCUGAUCCAAUUCCACUUUCCGAUCUUGCGCCGAAAUCCCUGUUCCUCACCAGGCCAUCUCUCAUGCACUACACUGCAACCCGGGAUGAGCUACUCGAAUCGGCCGGUGAGGUAUUUUCUCUUCUAUCAUCUGGUGUGCUUAAAGUUCGCGUCAACCAUGUCUAUCCCUUGUCUGAGGCUGCUCGUGCUCAUGCCGACCUCGAGGGAAGGAAGACAUCUGGAUCCAUUGUGUUGAUUCCUGAUAAUGAGUUAUAGAUCAGAAUUUGUGAGUCUUGCAGAUCACAAGCAGCUUUAUUUUUCUCAGAUAUAGACAUGAACUUGUAAGCCUGCAGUUGAGCUUAUAAAUCUGUUAUUUUGAUAUUUUGCUGGAGUCUGUUCACUGCUUUACUUCUAUGAAAAGCUCUUAUAAGCAGCUUAUCUAUGUUUGUUAGAAUAAUGGUGAUUUUAUUGUGCAUGUUUGAACUAAUAAACCAAUUGUUCUUCUUUCUACUUACAUUGUUAUAUUGCCAACAAAUUACCUCA